AUGUCAGGAGCUAGCAUGAAACACUAUUUUGAACUGCUACCUGUUCAGUUGAAGAAUUUUUUCAAGAAAUAUCCACCAAAUGUUAAGUAUAGUGAUAAGCCAACGUUGAUUACAGCCAUGGAUGCCAAUCCAUUUCUUCCAAAUAAGAAUCCUGCAACGGGAAAAUACCAUGAACCUAAGUACUCUUUGAGAAGGAUGAGUGAUCUAUACAAGCUGGCGUACAGUUAUGGGAUUCAAGAUCUGUUACCACCAUCGAAGAAAUUAUUCUUUGAAGAGAAAUAUGAAAACAAGAAGUUUAUGAAGGGUGUAUUGAUGCCGAAAGGUCACAAGCACGAACGUCUACUAGAAGGAAAAGUAGCCAAGAUGGAGGAGGCUAUUAAGAAUGCCGAUAAAUACAUUCUCGAAGCAAAGGGUUCCAAGUACAAAAGAAGAUUAGAAAAGAAACAAAACCAAAAUACCAGAAGUUGGUUCUAA